GACACACUAAAGUCCCUAGCCAGAAUGUCAACGUCAGUCGCUAAACUUAGGUUAAAUCGCCAAAAAUAUUCGAACAUGCGACGGCGAGUAAGUAAUUCGUAAAUUCUAAAAUACAUUUAAGACGCUCAUUGAAAACCUCCACACAUACAACGUGCCAAAAAUGAUCCUCAGAAUGUUAUGGUGUGUAACCAUAAUCCUCCUCCACACAUUGGGAGCCCAUUCCCAGCUCCUCGAGGGUAUAUACUGUGGCAAAAGCAACUGCUACGACAUCCUCGGAGUUACCAGAGAAGCCACCAAAAACGAAAUCGCCAAAAGUUACAGAAGAUUAGCCAAACAGUACCAUCCGGACUUGCACAGGGACAAAGACGCGAAACUCGUGGCUGAGGAGCAGUUUAAAACUCUCGCGAACGCGUACGAUAUUUUGAAAGAUGAGGAGUCCCGGUCGGAGUACGACGAUAUGUUGGAUAACCCGGAUCAGUACUAUGCGCAUUACUAUAGAUAUUAUAAGAGGAGAAUGGCACCUAAGGUGGAUGUUAGGAUUGUUUUAGUUGUUACAAUAUCGGUGAUUUCGGUGAUACAGUACUACAGUGGGUGGCAGCGCUACGACACCGCUAUCAAGUACUUCAUGACUGUUCCAAAGUAUAGAAAUAGGGCCAUAGAUAUAGCGAAACAAGAGGGGCUGCUGCAUGGUGAUAAAAAAAGUAAAGGGAAAGCGAAAAUGCCAAAGGGGGUUGAUGAUAUUAUUAAGAAGGUGAUUGAAGACAAGAUGGAUAUUAAAGGGGCGUAUGCCAAGCCGAGCAUUACUGAUGUCUUAUGGAUUCAACUGAUUCUUGCUCCUUACACUAUAGCUAAGUAUAUUUUUUGGUAUGUGUCGUGGAUAUGGAGGCACACAAUUAUGAAGCAGCCCUACAGCGAUGAAGAGAAAUUAUACCUUAUUAGAAAGUACCUAAAAAUGGGGCAGUACCAAUUUGACAGUCAAGAGGAAGGUAGAAAGCAAGACUUCCUAGACAAAGAACUCUGGAUUAGGGAAAACUUUGAUGAGUGGUUCAAAGAAGAGGAAGAAAACGCCAAAAAGCAACUAGCGGAAAAUAAUAAAUAUAAACAGUAUAGAAGGUACUUAAAGAAUCACGGGGUUGGGAGAAUGACGUUCGAUGAUUCAUAACUUUGAUUUUAUAACCAAUUUAUUUAUGUGGUUUUUCAAUUUCAAGAGUUGUAUUUUUCCUUAUAUAAUUUUAUAUUUAUUACUUUUCUUAAAAAAAUAAAAAUUGAUUGAUUAAAAUAUUAAAA